UCAUCUAAGUAUUUGCAAUUGGAAAAUAUGAACAAAGAACCUCCUAGAUCGCUAAAUAAAGUGAAACAUGUUAUUCUAGUACUAUCUGGAAAAGGUGGUGUUGGCAAGUCGUCUGUCACCACACAGCUUGCCUUGUCACUAGCACAUAAAGGGCUUAAAGUGGGUGUUUUAGAUAUUGAUUUGACUGGUCCCUCUAUUCCCAGAAUGUUUGGCAUCGAAAAUAACCAAGUACACCAGUCUGUCAAUGGAUGGGUGCCUGCGUAUAUUCCAAAUACUGGGAACAGGCUCCUGGUUAUGUCGAUAGGCUUUUUAAUCAAAGACAGAGGAAACAGUAUUGUGUGGCGAGGGCCCAAAAAGACAUCGAUGAUCAGACAGUUUUUGUCGAACGUUGUUUGGGGGGAAUUAGAUUAUUUGAUUAUUGACACGCCUCCUGGAACUUCGGAUGAGCAUAUAUCGAUUGCUGAAGAGCUAAAACUGGCUAAACCCGAUGGUGCGAUUUUGGUGACAACUCCCCAGCAGAUUUCUAUAAAUGAUGUGAAAAAGGAAUUUAAUUUUUGCGAAAAAGUUGGAUUUAAAGUGCUAGGAGUAGUUGAAAAUAUGAGUGGAUAUGUUUGUCCACAUUGCUCUGAAUGUACUAAUAUUUUUAGUUCUGGCGGUGGUAAAUCUUUAGCUGAACAAUACAAGAUCAACUUUUUGGGAUCAUUACCAAUUGAUCCUUCAUUCAUUGAAUUGAUUGAAACAAAUAACAAAAGUGAAAACCGAAAUCAAGUUGAUAGUAAUAGUGAUAAAAAUAAAAUCAUUGAGAAAAUUAACAAUUUAGAUUUGAGAAAUAAACAAGUAUCAUUAAUUGACAAAUAUGUAAAUAAUUCAUUAUAUCCUCAUUUUUCCACAAUUGUUGAUAAUUUAUUGAAACACAAUAUACCACCUCGAACACUAUGAUAGUAAGAGUUGGGUAAAUAAAUGAAAAUUUAUUUAACAACUCACAUCAACUAAAUUUGAUUCAGUCUUAAUAUAUCUAAUUGAAUUUGUAGUUUUUAAUUGUUUUCAAUCCACCACUUUAUUGAAAAAUUGAAAUUAAAGAUAUUCAUAUGUAUCAGAAUGCAUAUACAUGUAUAAAAUGCAUACUAGUUCAUUUAUUAACAUCAAAAGGCAUUUUGAAUUAUUUAAUUGACAAUAAUACUCAGUGAAAUUUGGUUAGUUUUCUUUUGAUUAAAAUAUUGACUGAUAUUUAUAAUUGAAAUUAGAGGCUGG